AUGAAGCUCCCUGCUUUUCUCCUCGCGUUCUGCCUCAUGGCACUCUACUUCAAGGUAGCAAAAGCGCUUACGCCCCUAAAUGGCACUCUUUUCCAAUCUACCUUUGUGUCAAACACUCAAGACCAGUCCUUCCUCAUUGAGAGCACUCAGUAUCUGGCUGUGACUUCGGAUCCUAUAUUCACCGUCUCCUGUGUCCUGGACCCCUCUCAGGGACCACUCACAUACAUCUCCGCCCUUUCUGCCACAACCACCGGAGAUGAGCUGAAACAAGUCAUCAAUGACUCUUUCGGAAAGGAUGAUGUCUUCGUUCAGGGCUUUCUAAGCAAUGUUCUUGUUAGUGCCAGCAGCUCCGAAGACCUCGAUGAUUCGGUCAUCAGCUAUCUGGAAGGUCUCGGAUCCAACAUUAUCUACGGUGCUGGUGAUGGGCCAUCCACUUGCGGCAACUCCACGCUUAUUCCCUGUCCAUUGUUUGCCAUCACAGAUGGAGACAGUCUCUACCUCAGCAAGGUCCUCCUCAUGUACGUCGAUAUGUACAGAACCUUUGUGACUGGCACGUACGAGUCAAACGGAGAAUACAAGGCAUUCACCCAGUCCGAGGCUGACUGGGGAUACCCUAUGAUUCCCGUUCCUUCCAGGCUUUACAGCACGGAAGACACAAGACCUUUGGCUGGUCAGCGUGUUGCAGUGAAGGACAUUUACGAUCUUGAGGGGAUCCAGACGACCGCUGGGAGCAGAUCCUACGCUGCCGUCAACGACGUCGCAGAUAAGACGGCACCUGCUCUCCAGAAAAUUCUCGACCUCGGCGGAGUUGUCGUCGGCAAGCAGAAGACUGCCCAGUUCGCGUCCCCUCAGAGCCCCUGGAACUGGAAUGAUGCGUUCUAUCCCCGCAGCCCUCGCGGAGACACCUUCCUAAGCUGCUCAGGCUCUUCUUCUGGAGCGGGUUGCUCCAUCGCUGCUUACGACUGGCUUGACUUUGCCAUUGGUACCGAUACUGGUCUUUCGGUGCGACAGCCGGCUGCAUUUUCGGGCACAUAUGGCAACAGACCUUCUCAGGGAAUGAUCCUAAUGGAGAACAUCAUCACAAAUGCCUUCAAUGCCGAUACUGCCGGAGUCUUCUGUCGCGACCCUGUCAAGUGGACUACCUUCGCGAAGGCUUGGUACGACCCCUCACUCCAUCAGGACACGUCGUUGAACGGCUUGCCUGCUCUCUCAGUUCCCGACGAGCGUACGUUCCCUAAGCGAAUUCUGUACCCGGUCGACCAUCUCCCGCUGCAGAACCCCGCCGCUGAGACAAUUCUUCAAAAGUUCCUAAGCGACGCGUCGGCAUCUCUUGGCGCCACUGUGGAGCAGGUCAACCUUACUGAGACGAUCGAGAAUGUGACCGGACGACCCAUCUCGCAAAUCCUCGGAGACUUGCUUGUUCUGUGGACACACGACUUGAUCACGGAGACUGCCCAGCCCCUCCUGGCAAAGUAUGCUCCGGCUUUUCCGCCCCUUGACCAACCGUAUCGCGGGGCAUUCCACUCCCUGACCAUUGACGACAACGUCUACAAGGCGGCAAUGGCGAACCGGACCCGCGAUGCGGCCCUGUGGCACGACAAGACCCUGUUCUCCACGGACACAUCCUGUUCUGAGGCAAUUUUUGUUUAUGAUGUCGGAACUGGCGGCAUUCCUACGUUCCGAUCCCAGGACCUCAACAGCGACCCUGGUUCCACAGCCCCUGUGAACCCUACAACAUCUCAAGCUGGGUCGACUGUGGCGUCUUACUUUGGCGAUGCCGAUUACACUGUUCCCAUUGGCCAAGUCUCCUACUUCAGCAAUGUGACUUUCCAGGAAGAGUUCAUGCCUGUCACUGUGAAUCUCGUGGCUAAGCGCGGCUGCGACUUUGUUCUCUUCAACUUGGUCAAUGACUUGGCCGACAAGGGCAUCUUGAAGACGGUCUUAACAGGAAAGCAGGCUUUUGCCUCUUAG